AUGGGUGAAUGCGACCAUCCUGCUAAAGACUUUCCGGUGCCAUUUGCCCAGCGUCCGAUCAUCAUCUUGGGCGCCGGCAUCAUCGGCUGUGCCGCCGCUCGCCAGCUGCUGCUCAAGGGCUUUGACGUCACUCUGGUCGCUGAACUCCUGCCGGGGGAUCAAGACAUUCAUUACGCCUCGGCAUGGGCCGGUGCAGCCUGGCAUGCGGCAGGGGGGAUCACUCCCGACCAGCGCUAUAUUCAGGCUGUGACCCAUCGCAUCCUACGCCAGAUGGCCCUGGAGCCAGAGUCCGGAGUCAGUAUCGUGGAUGCUCGAGAGUAUCUUGAACGGACACCGACCCCGGAUUCUGCUCUCUGGGGGAAGACUGUGGUGUCUAGGUUCCGGAGUCUGUCCCCAGGAGAAUAUCCAUCCGAAUUUGCCUGUGCCUGGGCAUAUGAGACGCUUGUGACCGACCCCACGCGACACAUGCCAUAUCUGAAGAGACAGAUUCAAAGGCUAGGUGGCCAUUUCAUCCGCCACAAAGUCGACUCACUGCAUGAGUUGUACGACAUGUUCCCUGAUUCUCGAGUCUUCAUCAACGCUAGCGGGCUCGGCAGUAAAACUCUGGCAGAUGUCCGGGACGAUUGCUGUUUUCCCGAACGGGGCCAGAACGUCUUCCUACGAACCGAUCGAUGUCGGACCAUGUACUUUCGCAACGGGCAAGAGUAUACCUAUGUGAUCCCCCGGCCAUACUCGGGGGGCGUAGUAUUGGGUGGUGUCAAACAGGAAGAUAACCUAUCUCCCAAUGUUGACCUCGAGAUCGCUCGAGAUGAAAUUGCUCGCGCACAUCGAUUAGCCCCCGACGUCGUCCCGGCCAAUCCGCCCGAGGACGCCAUCAGCCACAUCAUCGGGAUUCGCCCCUCUCGCAAAGGGGGGUUCCGGCUCGACUCCGAAGUUCAAGGAUCACGAACGCUACUGUCGGCGUAUGGGUUUGGAGGCGGUGGGUAUGCAUUUUCCUACGGCGUGGCAGAGGCGCUGGUCAGGAUGGUGGAGCGGGCUGAGCGCGACAACGUCAUUGUGUAG